UUUUGUUCACAAGCACCUGUGAUUCAAGAAUGUGUUCAAACUUGUUUCCACCUUAACAGGAAGAUAUUGACGUUCUGGGUAUUUUAAUACUCGUCUUGGAAAUUCCCUUCACAGAAAAUCGCAUACCCCGAGUAUAUACGUACACCUACUAUCUGCUAAUAUUUCGUUGUGUUGCAGUGCAUGACACGUUUUUCCUAACAUCCUAUUUAAGUAACAAAAACAAGAGGUUUUCAGUGUUGGAGGUUAAAUGGCACGAAAGAUACCAAGAAGUGCAUCUUUUGGAAAUCUGUUAGACGCGGACGACGGAGUGGUGACAACGUCAUCUAUUGACGACGAAGAUGAAAUGAAGAAUAGCUUUCUACCCGGCUUACUGGGAAAAAGGAAUAAACGAGCACCAUCAGGCAAACCAAAGGAAUGUCGAGCACGAAUAGGACGUGUAAAAGUAACGUUGAAGAAAGGGUUAGUUUACGAGGAGGAGGUCGAUGCUAUUGCCAACAGUACUUCACAGACGUUAACACUGAACGCUGGAAACGCUUCACGUGCAAUGAUUCAGAAAGCUGGAAAUUCUAUACAGGAGGAGUGCAAACGGAAAUAUCCCAAUGGAAUUACGUUCGGAGAAAUAGCAGAAACAGGGGGCGGUGACCUUUUCUGUGGAUACAUCUUUCAUGGAUGUCUAAAAUUUUGGAGAGCUGAAGAAAGUAAUUCAGUUGAGCAAACCCUCAUUGAUCUUGUUACCAAGUGCCUAGAAAGAGGAGAUGAACUGCAGAUCAGUUCAAUUGCUUUUCCAGCACUCGGGACGGGUUUUCUACAUUUUCCCGCUAAAAUUGUGGUUUGUCGGCUGCUGCAGUGUGUGAAAGAUUUUGAAAUGACACACAAAUUGACAAGUUUAGUUGAUAUACGUUUCAUAAUUUUUCCGAAGGACACAACAACUUUUGGUGAAUUUGAAAGUGAAUUUAAUCGCUAUUCCUAUACUAUAUUCCAUAAGCCAAGUCCAAAAGAAAAUUUACCGACAAAGCCAAAAGAUAUAGAAAUUUCUCUUGAAAAUCUGAAGGUUAAACUAGUCGCAGGGUCUCUUUUAGAACAGCAGGUUGAUGUCAUCGUCGCUGCAGUGCCUCCCUAUAGUAAGCCUGGGACGACGCGCUUAACCAGAGAGAUUACAAAGGCUGCUGGAGCAGAGAUGGAGAAGGAAUUCACCAAACAGUUUCCAAUGGGACUUGAUAUUAGUGAUGUAGUAUCAACAAGGGGCUAUAAUAUUCCAAAUGUUAAAUCGGUAUACUUUGGGGCACUGCCAAAGUUUGCUGUGAAAGAGCGUGAUGAACAUUUACAGGCAGUGCUAUUAAUGGUUCAGGUUUGCUUGGCGAAACUACAUGACAGUAGUUACAAAACCAUUGCUAUCCCUACUCUUGGAGUACGAGACUUUAAAUUUACCCCGAAGUCCUCGGCCAUGAAAAUCUUUCCCGCCAUUAAGGAGUACUUAAUGGCUAACAAGGACUCCACAAUCGAAGCCGUCAAUAUCGUUGUGGAUAUAACAGAUUCCGAAUUUGCAAAUAUAUGGAAGGUAUUUGAAAAAGAAAUAGAGAAAAUAAAUCCCCCAAAGUUGAAAAAUAAAGUCCCGUUGAUCAUAAAAACAAAACCAAAGCCACCACCACCACCACGGGGGUCACGUGACUGGUUCUCCACGAAGUAUGAGGAGGAGCUGUGCGUCCCAUCCUAUUGGACAACUCAUAAAGGGGGCGAAAAAAUCAAGGUUUGCAAGCGUCGGAACCGGCAACAUCAGUACCGUCUUAUUCCUGUGGAUCAAGCGACGCAAAAUCUGGUCGUUAGAAUUGUAGAAAAGACCUGGGAAUCUCACAACAUAGGCAGGGGUGCGGAUGCAAAGGGAUUAGAUAUGCUACAGUAUAAAUCCAUCCGGGUUACUAAGGUAGAACGUGUAGAAAAUCUCGACAUGUAUGAGAGUUACGUCCAGGAGAGACAAAGGUUCUUUGAUAAAGCAAGAACAAGAGGUGGACCUUUUCCUUUGGCAACAAUUCCAAAAUCAUCCGGAGAAAUCAGGACUAGCUCUAUUUUGAAAUCUGACGCAUCUAGCUCGACCUUUUUAUCAGACAUUUAUCCAGAAAUUAAUGAGCAUUUCGUGUUUCAUGGCACUUUGGAAGAUACAGUGGAUUCGGUUCUGACGCAGGGGUUGGAUUGCAGAAUGUCUAGAGGCACUGCUAUGUUUGGACAAGGGGCUUAUGGUGCCGAGAGUUCGACAAAAGCAGACCAAUAUGUUGAUAAGAAAGAAAACAGAAAGAAAGUAUCACAUAAGAUGAUGUUAGUACGCAUGUGCCUGGGAGACAUAUGCCUGUAUGACUUUCCUGUCGCACACAGACGAGCACCAUGCAAAAGGUGUAGAAAAGACAACUGCACAGUCCAUACACCAAAAGAUUUUUACGACUCGGUUGUUGGUGAUGGAAAGUGGUUGUUCCGGGAGUUUAUUGUAUAUGACAAGCGUCAGACUUACCCGGAAUAUCUUAUCACGUACGAACGAGUUUAACGUUUUAUGAAGCAUAGACAUUGUUAUUAUGUAAAAGUUGAUGUUAAAAGGUGUAUGAUAUCAGUGAUUGAUUGUGAUCGAGUGAUCCAUGAUGUGAAACUUUUAUUCUGUCAGAGAAAAUGAAAUAAAAAUAUAACUAACACACACACAUUGAUAUAAUCACUUUUUAGGAUGUCUCCAGCGCAUCUUGCGAAUACACAUUACAAGUAAUGACGCCGGUAAAUCUUGCAUUGAUGUCGCCUUUCACUGAUAUGUUACUUUCGCCAUGUUACCUUGAUAUGUUACUAACUCUUAUUGAUAUAUCUUGACUUAUUGAUUUAAACGUGACUGAAAUAUGUAAGCAGUCAUUAAUAAAAUUCAUGAAAUAUUA